AUGGAGAAAGUGAAUUUUGUGAAGAAUGGGGAGCUUAGAUUGCCUCCCGGGUUCCGUUUCCACCCAACUGACGAGGAAUUGGUUGUGCAAUACUUAAAGCGUAAGGUCUACUCCUGCCCUUUGCCAGCCUCCAUCAUUCCUGAGGUUGAUGUUUGCAAGUCUGAUCCUUGGGAUUUGCCAGGUGAUUUGGAGCAAGAGAGGUACUUCUUCAGCACCAAAGAGGCCAAAUAUCCCAACGGCAACCGCUCCAACAGAGCCACCAAUUCAGGUUAUUGGAAGGCCACUGGGUUGGACAAACAAAUUGUAGCUUCAAAAGGGAACCAAGUUGUGGGGAUGAAAAAGACGCUUGUUUUCUACAGAGGAAAGCCACCUCAUGGAUUCAGAACUGAUUGGAUCAUGCAUGAAUACCGCCUCCUCAACUCACCCACCUCCUCUCAGUCUCAGAGGCCGAGGCAGAGCCCUGUGGUUGAAGUUGCCAUGGAAAAUUGGGUUCUGUGUCGCAUAUUUUUGAAGAGGAGGAGUGGUGGUAGAAACGGGGAGGAGAAGGAGAUAGAGAGUUUGAGAGGCAGAGUGGAUAACAGAAAGGUGAGGAAGUCGAGGGUGGUUUUCUAUGACUUCUUGGCGCAGAACAAGACUGAUUCCUCAUCUUCUGCCGCCAGUGUAAUCACCCAUGAAUCAGAUGAGCAUGAAGAGAGCAGUAGCUCCAGCAUCUUCCCUUACUUUAGAAGAAAACCUUGA